UGGCGCGCGGGCGGCGUGGAGGCGUACGAGGCGCUGCGCUGGUCGCUGGCCAGGAUCAACCAGAACGUGGGCGGCAUCGGCUCCAGGAUCGUGUCUGACUCCUACGUGCCGGGCGUCAAGUUCGGUCUCCACGUCUACGACUCCUGCAACCACGGGGAAAGAGCCGUUGCGGGCGUGGGCGAGGUGUUCCCGGUGGUACGGGAGGGCCCUUCGUCGUGCUCGCCCCUCAGCAACGACACCCUCUUGGCCUUAGGCGUGCUGGACCUCACGGGCGUCACCUCCACCCACCAAAGCCUCUCGCAUCUCCUUCACAAGUACCACGUGCCGGUCGUCGAGGCGGACGCCAACACUUACAUACCGCAGAGGGAGCGAGGGCAGGCUCUGCUAGAAUUUCUCGCCGAGCUCAAGUGGGACUCGUCCGCUCUCCUGGUCCUUGAUGAUGACUACAGCAUCGAGGUCGCCAAGGUGGUGACCGAAGGAGCAGGAAAUUUCAAUGUUUGCAUCAGUAAUGUGGUAAGAGUGCCGAUGUUGCCGCCAUACCCCGAGAACACGGACCAACAUGGCGACCAGAGCAACACGCAGUACCGGGACCUGGUGCGGACGGCGGCGAGCGACGGCCAAGUAACCGGGGUCGUCGUGGUCGCCAGCGGAUUUCCUCUCAUCCAGAUCCUGGCUGCCAUCAAAGCCGAGACCUCCGCCAGCCGAAAGGCCUAUUGGAUUCUCUCUGACCUUCCCGACGAGGAGGUUGACCUUGUCCGUCACGCUGCCAGGAUAGCGAGGGGCGUGUGGGUGAUGGCGCACGCCCCCCUCGCAAUGGAGAGCUUCGAGGACCACUGGAGGCUCCUGCAGGACGUCAAAAUCACGCCCAGCCCGGAGAACGAGUGGGUGCUGGGUUACUUCCAGCAGUCCAAGAGGUGCCAGCUGGCGGGUCUGCCCAAGAGCGUCCUCGAGCCGCUGGACGCCGACAAGGACACCGACGAACCGCCCAAGGAACUGCCGCCGUGUCUGUCGUUCCGCAUGAGAGACGACGACCUGGACGUGCUGGCCAGGACGCGCGCGGUCGUGCCGGCCAUCCACGGCCUCUUCACGUUCUUCACCGCCAUGAAGAACGCGUGGAAGCUGAAGUGCAGGAACAGGCGCGGCGUGUGUCAAGAACUGCAAGAUUUGGAAAGAGAAGAACUGCAGACGGACUUCCUCUCUCCCUUGAGGUUUCUCCAUCAGGGUCCGGGCUCCCGCAGUCACGCAGGUCUCAAGGGCGGCAAGAUGCGCACAGACCCACCCGGGACACUUUCAGGAACUUCCUUAGGCCUGUACCGUAUUCUUGCCAUUCCUGGAAACUCUACCGUUACCGUCCAUCAGACCUUCGUGAUGGACAACUCCACGCUACGAGUCACAGGCGAGUCAUACAUCUCCAAAAGGAAUGGCUGCUCUCAGGGUGUCUGCAACUCGUGCUUAGACGGCCCUGAAAACCUCAUGCAGGUGACUCCUGGGCAGCCGGUGAACACGACAACAGCAGCACCGACAGUAGAAGCAGAGGACCACGUGUUAUUACCCUCCUCCGACCGGGUGGUUCUCACGGCACUCUUCCCCAUUCAUCAACCUUCGCCUGACGGAUCGGACUGCGGGGACACCAUCAACGAGGAGAUCCUUCAGGAGGUGGAGGCCUUUCUGUGGGCGGUGGACCAGAUCAACCAACACCAGAAAUUGCUUCCUUCUACCACCCUCGGCGCCCUCGUCCUCGACACCUGCGGCUCCAGGAUCCGCACCAUGAACCAAGUCACGAGCUUGGUCAAGGGAACUCUUCCGGGCAUUGACGUGAAUAUCAACGACGUCCAGAUGUUCGUGACCUCGCUUGACCCCGAGACGGCCCGGGUCACGGGAGAGAUCCUUUCCUCCCUCAACGUGACCUCUGUCAACAUGGGUCCGUCGCAGGCACACUCGCCCUACGCCCUGCAGAUGAGUCCUCCCAUCAACAAGGAGGCUGAGGCCAUGGUGCAGAUGCUGAGGUUCCUGGGAUGGGAUUACGUGUCCUUGGUGGUGUCCUCGGAAGACGCCGAGAACAUGGCGGGCGCAGAAGCCUUUAGGACGGUGGCCAGGGCGUCUCGGGUCUGCCUCGCCCUCGACCUCAAGAUGGUUCCCCUCGAGGCUGAAGGGUCUGCCACGCUCGCUGACCAGAUCGUGGAACAGCUGACGGAGAAGGCGGUCGUGGGCGCAAGGGGCGUGAUUCUCUUCCUGACCCUCGAAGACACGAAGGCGCUCCUGCAGGCGGUGCAGAAGGCGGUGUCUCUCCACCGACUCCACAAGCACCAGAUCGUGUUCUUGGGCACAACCACUUGGGGAGACCAUAAGGACCAGUUGCGUGAAGUUGACGCGGAAAUCGGUGGCGUGCUUGCGCUGAAGGACGGCCAGCAGGAUGUCCGGGACUUCAUCGCUCACUACCGCCUCUUGGAUCCGGAAAAGAAUGCACGAAAUCCUUGGUUCAAGCAGUACUGGGAGCAAGAAUUUGGAUGUGUGGGCAUAGCGUGCUUGCUUGAGGGCAAACCGACGCCCGUAGUGCCCUACGCCUCGGUUCCCUCGACGCCCAGGGUAAUUCAGGCUGUCUUUUCCUUCGGCGCCGCUCUCACCCAGCUCUUGGGCCACUUGUGCCCUCACGCCGGAGGGAAGAUCUGCCCGGGGUUGCCCAAGUGGCGCCAGAGAACUGUCCUCAACGAGUUUCUGCGGAACACCGAGGUUUCCCGUGUGGAUAAGCCCUCCGAAUAUUUCCAAUUCACGGAGAAUUUCCACGGCAACGCUCCCCUCGAGGUGUUCAACCUGCGCCGCGCUCCGCCAUCCUCUGUUCACAAGUACAAAUACGAGAAGGUGGGACGCUACGUCGACGGUUCCCUGACACUGGGGAACGCCAUGGCCGAGUACCACAACGGGACGGUGACGGUGAUGGAGCGCCUCACCUCCUCCUGCACCUCCAACUGCGCCUCCUGCCACUCUCCCGAGGCCGACCACGUGUUCCUCGAGUCCCCGGAUCAGCUGUACAUCCUGGCCACUUUCAACGUGCACGAGAGAGGAGAUAAGCCCCUUGAGUGUGGGCCGCUUAGGGGAGAUAGGGGCAUCCAGAGUGUCGAGGCGUUGCUUUGGUCUCUGGAACAAGUGAACUCUGACCCCGACGUCCUGCCUGGGGUGACGUUGGGAGCCAUCGUGUUGGACGCCUGCAGUAGUAAGGAGAAGGCCGUGCGCGACGUCACAAAUUUCCUGACGGGAAAUAUACCUGACAGAAUGAGGGAGAAGGUUUCUUCUGCAAACAACAUCGUGGGCAUGAUAGCGGGCGGGAUAGGCGAGGAGGUGCGCCAGGUGAUUGACGUGACGCAGCCUUACGGAAUCACCACCAUCGCCACGCAGGCCACGAGCACCGCCUUCUCCAACACCCGCCGUUUUCCUGCGCUUCUCCGCCUCGCACCGCCCAAUGACGUCACCGGAAGUGCCAUUGCGUCCCUCCUUCUCUACUGGCGAUGGGAGGUGUUUAGCGUCGUGUAUUCUGACGGAGGCGCCCCCGGGGAUGUGCAAAAACAUUUACUGAGGGAAACAGCGGCACACAACCUCAAGGCCGCCAUGGCUGAGCCGAUCCCCCUCAAGGUGGACCAGGUGGAAUAUAUGCUGGGCGUGUGGAGCCGGCUGGCGGAGGCGGCGCAACAGGGAGCGCGGGCGGUGGUGCUGCUUCUGGAGCCUCACCACGCUGCGCUGUUCCUGCGGGCGGCGGCCGGCCUGCUGGAGGAGGGUCUGCUGAGGCCCGGGGACUUCGUGUUCCUGAUGGAGGACUCGCCGUUGCCCUACAUCAAGCACGAGUGCGUGGCGCCCGCGUCGGGAGAGGGGGGAGGGGGGUAUAUUGUAGUACAGAGAACGGAGGCUCUGGGCAUGAUCGUGCUGCAGCCCAUCAGCGGUGCCGUCCCCGCCUUCGCCAACUACUUCAGGAGUCUGUCGCUCGCGAACCACACGGCCUACCCUUGGUUCCACGAGUUCUGGGCGGAGAUGUUCCGUUGCCGCGGCGCCGGGUGCUUCACGGGGGCGGCGCGGAACCUCUCCGGGCAUCGAUUUCGACAGGCGGAGGACGUCGUCAGCACCGCCAACGCCGUCGCGGUCCUCGCCAAGGGACUCGACCGCUGGCGCCGCGAGGCAUGCCCGGACAAAGAGAACGGCACCUGCUCAUCGUUAACGACGGACGAACACUAUCGCAACAAGCUAUUCCAGUCAACACGUUCGAUCACCCAGCGGGGAGUGGACGGCCGGCCCGUUGCCUUCACCGUGGAUGGGCAUAACAGAGCAGCUAUGAUACAGGUCUUAAACUUCCGUCGAGUUAGUGGGCGCCAUGGUGCCGGUCUCCUGCGCGUGGGGAUGUUUAACGAGGAGGAUGGCUUGGCACUCAAUGGCACUCUUGUCGUGACCUACGAUGCCGAGGGUAAUGAAAGGUCAAUGUCCGAGGUCAAGUCUCAGUGCAUCGACCUUGAAGUAUGUGGAGGCGUAGUCGCAGUCGCCAAGCCAGCCAAGAAGAGAACACAUCACCUACAGAUGUACCCUCAGCAACGAUUCGGCAUCAGUGGUUUGGUUCCGUAUCACCACCAAGGCCAAACCUUCUUCUCGUGUGGCGAGUUCUUCAGCGAAGGAAUCUUCCAGAAUGUGGCAGCGGUGGCUUAUGCCCUCAGUCAGAUCAACAGGAACGAAGUAGGUGUGGGCUUGGGGGCCAUUCUCUUCGACUACUGCGACAGGAUAGAGCGGGCGAGGGAGAGGUUCUACAGCUUCUUCUCCGGCGAGGCCCUGGAAAGCGACGACUCGAUCGUGCUCACGCCCAACCGCAUCGUCGCCUCCAUCAGCUUCGACGACGACGCCGCGGAGGCCGUGUCCAAUAUCCUCUCCUCCAACUACAUCCCGCACUUUAGCUCCCCCAUCGGGGGUCGCAAGCUCGCUGACCGGGACGACCAGACGAUCCUCACCAGUGUUCCUUCGAGGACAGCGGAACUGCGGACGUUCCUCAGCAUCCUCAGAGCUUACAAGUGGACGUUCAUUAAUGUGAUCUAUGACAACGAUGAUGACGGGAAGUUCAUGAUGGAGACGUUCCGCGAAAUGGCCACGAACCAGGACGUGUGCAUCGGGGACUCCCUCGGGGUGCCGCAGCGCGUGUCCGAGGAAUAUGCCCGAGAGCUGAUCGAAACCUUGGCUGUUGCCUGGAAGCCCAGGAUCGUCGUUCUUCUGAUGGACGCCACGGAUAACAUCAGGACGAUCUUAAAGGUAGCUGACAAGCUUGACGAAAGCGAGAGGUUCACUUUCCUGGCGGGCGAUGCUUGGGGCAACAAACCUAGCGUGACAAAGGGCCUGGACAGAGUGUCAGCCGGAGCUCUCACGUUCACCAUGGAGACCUAUGACCUCCCGGACUUCCGGAUCUUCGUAGCAAACCUAACACUAGAGAACCAUGAUCCAUUCCCGGACGAAUGGUUCGAGGAAUACUUCCAAAACAAAUUCCAGUGUAGAUUGUCUCCCAGUGAAAGAGUGCAGAGGCAAUAUGUGAAGGAAUGUCUCGGGACGGAAUCCAUUCAUCCUGAUGACAUUGUGCAAGAUCCUUAUGUGUUCCACACCAUCCUCAGCAUCAACGCCAUUGCACAUGGUCUGGAUGCAUACAUAACGAAACACUGUGCAGAUGCAGAGUCUAUUGAUGACUGCAAUGUAGUUCAGGCAGAAUUAUUAUUAGAAAUCCUGCAUCAGAGCGAACUCUCUCUAAAUAACACAGCUGAUUCUAAUUCAUAUGACCAGGACGGGGCUUACGGCUACCACAUUUGGAACUACAGGAAGCUCGGGAAGGAAUAUGGCUACAUUAAUGUUGGCAAGUGGGAGAACAGCAACCUUCGUCUUGAAAAGCCGAGCAUUGAGUUCAAAAUCGGAACUUUUGCCCCAGACUCUUACUGCACUGAGGGCAUAUGCUUGGAAGUCUGUUCUUCUCAGUCGACCAAGUACGCCGCCAUGGCCCUGCCAAAGCCAUUGCCCAUUGACUCUAACUUCCGCAAUGUGUAUGGCAUCAUGACUAGCUCUAUGAGCCUUCUGGGUAUUAUCGUGAUUUUGGUAACGAUGGUUUACUUCAUGAUGUCCUACCCAACGGCAGCAGGAACGUCGGUUCUCGGCUACAUGAUCCUCAUUGGUUGUCUUAUGCUUUACUCUGUCAACUUCGCCUUCAUCUUCCAGCCUACUGUCGGCACCUGUGCGGUGAGGAGGUUCAUGAUGGGUGUGGCCUAUGCCAUCAUUUUCUCCGCAAUGUUGGUCAAGGUGAUACAUACCUGGAGGGUUAUGACUUAUUCAUCAACUCGUGAUGAGCCGGACGGGUUGGGCAGGCCCUGUGGGUUGAUGCUUGUGGCCAUUGGCCUUACCUUCGUGCAAGUCGUCCUAGGGGCCGCUUGGUUAAUUCUCUACCCGCCAGGGACAGACCUCGAUGGCGAGACCUGGAGAUGCACACCCACUGAACGCUUUGAGAUUGACCUUGUUAUCUCCCUUGUGUACGUGAUGGUCCUCAUAGCAGCGACGAUCCUCUUUUGCUUCGAGACGUGGCAUGCGGAGGAGAACUCGAAGGAGACGCGGUGGAUCCUGCUGGCCUCGCUCUUCACCACCAUCGCCUGGUGCGUAUGGACGGUUGUGGCCACGCAGGCGCCCAUCACCUUCCGCGACCCGGCCAUCGUCAUCGGUAAUCUCAUCUGCGCCACCGUCGUCAUUCUCUUCCUGUACGCCCGAAAGAUGUACCUCUACAGCCAGCUAACCAAGGACGUCAAGGACCUGGAGAUGAGGUCGCACUAUACUGCCGCGACGUCCCUCUACAACGCCUCUCUGAACGCGCAGAAGUUGGCAGACCCUUUGCCCCGCACGCCUGGGGUGGAGAUCAACGCUGGCAUGCCCGGCCGACAGUUCGUGGGCGACCAGGAGGUGAGCUUCAGGACGGUGACGCUCCCUCCGGAGACUCCUCAGAGCCGCAGGUCCUCCCGCCGAUCCACCACGCCCUCGAGGCACUCCCUCAGGCUCUCCCUCUCCGACGAACUGCCUGAAGACCUCACCUUCGACGUCUUCGAGUCGUCCGAGGAGGAGUUCCCUGUGGACGCGCAGCACCUGAGCGAUGACAACGAGGACGUGGCCGGGGCGGGCGAGGGGGCGGCCAGCAAGGACAUCGGGCAGCGGGACCGCCUGCCGUCCAUCCGGCGAGUCGGCUCCAGACAGAUGCUGGUCUUCCUCACUGACGGCAACACUAUAGGCGAUGUGUCAAGGAUCUAGUCACCUCGCCGGUGGUGCCACAUCGUCUUGACGUACGAGUGCCACCAAGUCGCUGUGACUGAGUACAGUGGCAUCAACACUCACAGCAUUGUUUUUAAUGGUGGUGAUCGUAAGUCUGUGGAAACGGUUGGAUAAUUUGAAAUCAGAGCUAAUGACUACCAGCGUAAAGCAAGAUUUGGUGGGGAAAAUAAAUGAGAAAAGGGCGUGGUGUUGGAGGGGUCAUUAACAUUUUAUUUAUUGUCAAUUACGGAUUGGUGUCCUAUUAGUGUUGCAUUUAUUCUUGCUUUUAAUCUUGGAAACAUGAAUUAUUGUUUAAUUAUUAUUUAUAUUUUUUUAAUCAAAGGGGAGAACCUGUACUUCUGUAUAAUGUUUUGAGAAAUCUUACUAUUUUUUAUAUGGCGGGUGGAAACAAAAUUGCCGAGAUGUUGUUUUUUUCAUAUGGCAUUGUACCUGUUUUUUCAAAGAGACUAUUGGUAAAAUAUCGAAUAGAGAUUGACUCAUAAAGAACCUUUUGUCUAUGAAUUAGUGAUUUUUCUUUUACUUACAAUAUGACUAAAGACAUUCUUUUGAAAGGCUUGAAUUCCAGGCUUUUUCGUAACCGGUUUUAGCGUGAACUCGCAAUCCGUUAUUUGCAUUGUGAUAUUUUUCUGUGACAGUUUUGUUUUGUAUAUACUGUACAUUUGAUAUCUUAAUUUAAGAUUUAUUCUCAUUGUUUGAUUUUAGACAAUACAUGAAUCAGAUACUUACACAGCCGAGAUGCUUGUGUUGUUUCUGCAUUUCUGUUGUUUGUGAAUAAAAUGAAAGAAAAGUUAAA